UCUCCUCCUUCAUCUCCAUCCUCCACAUGUCCACGAGCCUCCCUCUCUCUCUCUCUCUUACACCCAUUCACACACACACACUGGCUCACACACACACACAGUGAUGUGGGGAUGCUACCAAUAGCCAGACAGGCAGGAGUCUGCUUUUUAUUUUAGGGCGUUAUUUUAUUCUUUCUUAUUUAAUUCCUUCUCUUUUAUUUCUUUCAUUCAAUUUCCCUCCCUCUCUUCUGUUUCCCUUUGUUUUACGUUUUCAAUAAACAUUUAAUUUUAUAUCAUUUGACUUGUUCUUCUAUAUCAUAAUCAGAGCUGGGUUUGUUUGAUUUGAUUUGUUUUUAAUUUUCAUUAUUUUAAUUUUCUGUCUGGGCGUGUUGGUCGGCUGGUUGGUUAUAAGGCAUAUUUGGCUUCUGGGACGACCUUAACUUUGCCUUGCUUUAGAGAGACGACGGCAUCUCCAAACUAACAUGGCAGUCAGGCUGUGUGAUGUGGCUUCUCUGCUCAGAAGUGGCUCGUGGGCAGCAGAGCCGUGGACUGGGCAGGUAAUUGCUGCCAUGGAAACGCAGCUAUCGAACGGGCCAACCUGCAACAACACGAGCAAUGGGCCCGCUCCCAUCUCCAACAACUGCUCCUCACCUGUGGAGUCCACUGGCAUCGAGGACAGCAAAACCAACCUCAUAGUGAACUACCUUCCCCAGAACAUGACUCAGGAGGAACUGAAGAGCCUGUUCGGCAGCAUCGGAGAGAUCGAGUCCUGUAAACUAGUACGGGACAAAAUUACAGGGCAGAGUUUGGGUUAUGGAUUUGUAAACUACGUGGAUCCGAAAGAUGCAGAAAAAGCCAUCAAUACACUAAAUGGACUGAGACUGCAGACCAAAACUAUCAAGGUUUCCUACGCCCGUCCCAGUUCAGCCUCCAUCAGAGAUGCUAACCUGUACGUUAGCGGUCUGCCGAAGACUAUGACCCAGAAGGAGCUGGAGCAGCUCUUCUCUCAGUACGGCCGAAUCAUCACCUCCCGCAUCCUCGUCGACCAGGUUACAGGUGUGUCACGGGGGGUGGGGUUUAUCCGCUUUGACCGGCGGGUGGAGGCGGAGGAGGCGAUAAAGGGUCUAAACGGUCAGAAACCCCCCGGAGCUUCAGAGCCAAUCACGGUGAAAUUCGCCAACAACCCGAGCCAGAAGACCAGCCAGGCCCUGCUGUCCCAGCUCUACCAGAGCCCCAACCGGAGAUACCCCGGCCCCCUCGCCCAGCAGGCCCAGAGAUUCAGGCUGGACAACCUGCUGAACAUGGCUUAUGGAGUGAAAAGUGUUCGGAGCGUGAACAGCGAAAUCGGAACAGCUCACGUGCGAGGACUUAUCAGUGCAGAUGUUCAUAGAGAUGAGGACCUCAACAAGACAGUUCGAUUUUCUCCCAUGGCCAUCGACGGCGUGACCAGCUUGGCGGGCAUCAACAUCCCCGGGCACGCGGGCACGGGCUGGUGCAUAUUCGUGUACAACCUGGCGCCUGACGCGGAUGAGAGCAUCCUGUGGCAGAUGUUCGGUCCGUUCGGCGCCGUGACCAACGUGAAGGUGAUCCGCGACUUCAACACCAACAAGUGCAAAGGGUUCGGCUUCGUCACCAUGACCAACUACGACGAGGCGGCCAUGGCCAUCGCCAGCCUGAACGGGUACCGCCUGGGCGACCGCGUCCUGCAGGUCUCCUUCAAAACCAACAAAACGCACAAAGCUUAGCGCCGCUAACGGCGGGAAAAACCCAGAGAAACUUACUGUAAACCUUAAAAACACAGAGUGACUCUAUAACCAACAAAACAACACAAAGUGCAGAUGAUCAGCGGUAGAACUUAUGCUGUUUAGUAUCUGAUGUUUUUGUUUUCUGUUUUUUCCUUAUUUUUGUUUUUUGUUUGUCUCUGCUUUUCUGCUUUUCUCUUUAAAAAAAAAAAAGAAUAUUGAUUUAGCUACAAGGUGAACACUAGCAUGCGUGGGUGACGAUCGUGCCUGUCUUGUUUGUUACUACAAGGUUUAUUUACUUUUCUUUUCUUUCAUAGUUUUCGGAAAAAGUAUAGUUUUGGAUUUCGAUUAGUUUAAUGCUAACGCUUUAACAGUACGCUAAACUUUGAUUUCUUUAAAUGAUUUCUUCAUUGGUUCACACAGUUAGUUUAGUUUAGUUUAGUUUGUCGUAUUAUCAGUUAGUCGGCUGCAUAAUGUUAAAUUAAUCGAGGGGGUAAAAAUAAUUAAAAUAUAUAUAUAAAAAAAAAGACAAAAAAAAAUCUUAAAGCGGUACCUUGCCAAAGAGCUACGAACCUCUUUGAAGUGGGUUUAAAAAGCGUCUAUUUUUAUAAAAAGAAGAAUUUGGAGAAACUUUUUACUGGACUUGGAAACACAAAAAUAUUUUGACUUGGAUACUUUGAGAAACUUAUCUUCAUACGACACCCUGUGAGCUUUUCAGACUUUUCAGAGCAGGAAGUUUGCAGAGAUUGAGAUUUCUGGGAAGAUUUGUGAUGACGAAGAUCCCUUUUGCGAUCUUUGUAUAUUUAACCUUUAGGUUCUCGAGCCCGCGCUCCCGGUUUCGUACGUAACGUAUAUAUAAAUAAAACUCGUCUAUCUAUCUAUCUGGAGGAGCGGGUGCUAGCUCAGAAUAUAGCUCCGUAUGGGGGGAAAAAUGCCGGCGGAGAUGCAGGUUUUUAACUCCGCGAGAGCGUGCAGUCGGAGCGAGAGGGAGUCUUUAGGAAGGCGUGGAGACGAACGUCGGAGAGACGUGGUGAGAAAUCUGUUCUUCCUCCAGGAUUUCCUCCAGACGAGGCUCCGCAGCGCUCUGUGCUGAAUUUAGUGUUUCGUUUAGAGACUUUCGUCUUUGUAGAAGCAGACGAAAGCUGGACCUGCUCUGCGCGAGAGGAGCGCGAGAGGCCGAGGGGAAGCCUGAGGAGAAUGAUGAUGAUGAUGAUUAUGAUGAAGUGUUAGGGGAGAGAAAAUGAAUAUCUCCAGAGAGAGAUAUAUAAAUAUAUAUAAAUACCUUACUGUAAAUAAGUACUUUACUUUACGUUAAGUUUAAUGUAUUUCCGUUUCCCCUACUCCUCCUUAUUAUCCUAAUUAUAGUUUCUUGUUUUUCGUUUUUCAUUGCAGGUAUGGUAUUUUAUUUAAUUUUAUUUUUUUCCAUUUCAAUAAUAAUAUAUAAUAUUGCCUUAUUUCUGUUUGAGACAAAGUUUUGUUUACACAUUUAGUUAAUUCAAAGACUUCAUAGUUUGUUUUUGCUAUUUGAACAUGCGUUAUUAUUCUUCUAAUUCUUAUUAUUAUCGUAUCAGAUUUGUUGGUGGUUUUGUCUGUAGAUAGUCUUCUGCUUCUGCGAUUUACGAACUUAUAGGCUAUUAUAAUUUAGUUUCUUUGUUCCUUUUGGUUUAACGUUAUAUAUAUAUAUAUAUAUAUAUAUAUAUAUAUAUAUAUAUAUAUAUAUAUAUAUAUAUAUAUAUAUAUAUAUAUAUAUAUAUAUAUAUUAUAAACCUGGCGAGCCACAGUUUUGAACAAACUUUGAUUUUUUUAGUUUUGGUUCAUAUCAUACGUAAUGCAUAUAACCUGUUAUAAAAAAAAAUGAAGAAAAAGUACAUUACAGAAAUGUGUAUAUUGCUUAAUUUAUAUGAGGGGAGGUUGACUAGGCUUUUCCGUUACUGUAGCAAAAGAGAAAAGGCCCUUUUAGUGCGACGGAGAGUCGCUCGUUUUCCAAUUAACCAAUGAAAGGGCCUUUAUUUAUGCCAGUCUUUGCGUUUUGCUCGGCAUUAAUCGGAGAAGAGUUCAGGCUCCUCCCCCGUAUGUACGGCAGUGUGCUAUGCAUUAUAUUACCUUUCGAUUAUUACGCCUAAUUUCCUUUUAUUUGGUUCAUUUUUCUUUGAUUAGGGUUUUUCAGUAUUAAUGAACUGUGACUUUCUGCUGCUCGGGGACGGGGGAGCGUACAGACCAACUUCUAGUGAAGGAAUAGAAAGAGGAGGAUAAAGGAGAAAAAUGUCCUAAAA